AGCAGAUAAGUCCGCCCGCCCGGCCAUCGCUAGGUCACACUGACAACUUGUCACUGACAAGUCAUGAUAAUUUUUUUAAAGCAAUAGUUUUUCGCAAUGGACUCGUUUUUCGGAUUCGACACCAAUUUACCGGAUGAAGAUGGAGGCGACGGACGCCUCGGGGAGGAGGACUACGAUGCGCUGAACGACGAGACCUUCGGCUCGGCGAUAAAUGGAGACUGGGAGGAGGCCCACGAGACGAUGGUGCGCCUCGGCGGCAAUGGAGAGCGGGCGCGCAAGCGGGUCCCGGACGGGGACUUUUUGGAACCCAGUGACAACGGCGCCUUCCGGCACCUGAAUCUUCUCUCCUCGGGGCCCUCGUCCAGUGGUUCCACACCGGCUCCUUUUCGACAAUCGCGCAACAUUGGCGAUUCCGAUCUAGAGCUAAACCUCUCCUCGAUGAAGCUGGACGACAUGGAUCUGUCCUCAUUUACCGACAGCGAAGCCGGGGGCCUCAGCAAUCGCAUCAACUUGGACUCGAACGUGUGGACCUCGCACACCUUUCCGAACAGCCAGCCUCUUUUCCGGGAAAACCUACGCAGCGCUUUCAAACCUCAGCAGCCGCAGCUGCAGCCACAACAGCAUCCACUGAUGAAACCUCCGCCAGAGGCGAAUGCAAACUUUCCUCCGCAGGGAUUGAAAAUCACUACUCUUGAAGACAUUGAGCGCAAUCUGAUUAUCCAGCAGGCAUCUAAGCAGCAACAACAGCAACAGACGGAACGUAAAAUGUUCGACGACUUUAACCUGGGCAACAGGAGGCAGGUGGCCACACCAACCAUGCUGCAUCAACAGCAGCAGCAACAUAUGCAACAGCAGCUGCAGCAACAGCAAAAGAUGCACCAACAACAGAUGAACCAACAACAACAACAUCAGCAGCAGCAACUACAGCAACAACAGCAGCAGCAACAGAACAAGGCACCUCCUGGCUUUCUAGGAACGCCUCAGACCUCUCCACCUAGGCCAAACUUGGGUUUCCCUGGACCCGGAUCUGGUCCAGUGCCCGGCCCAGUUCCCGGCCCAGUGCCCGGCCCCGUGCCUGGUUCUCAUCCGCUGAACGAGCUGCUACCAACGCCACCAUCGCAGCCGCAGUUAAAUGGGCCAUCUGGGAACCGCGUACCUCCCGGAUUCAUUUACCCGCAAGCUAUGACCGGAAAUAUGCCACCACUGCCUGCGCAGCACCCGCUGAUGCCCAAUUACCUACCGCUGAACUAUCCGCUGCCCAAUGGCGGCAAUCAGCGUCCACUGCCCAAUCCCCAUGCCCUGCCAACAGCGCUGAACAACUUCGCUAUGCAUCCAAGCUUUAAUGCCAUGCGCGCAGCUGGCCUCCAUUCAACGCCACCAUUUAUACAACCCGGCCACCCAAUGCCACAGCCCAGGAUGCCUCCGCAUCCAAUAGGCCAGCAGCCGCCGAAUUCGAUGUACAACAUGUUUAACAUGCGUCUGGUGCAGGAGAUACAGCAAAACCAUCCGCUGCUGCAGCAAGCGGCCGUGGCACGUCAGAUGCAACAAAGUCGCUCGGGUUCCGUGGCUAGUGAUCGGCAGAAGCAGCAAAUGCAGCAGGUGCAGCAACAGCCACACGGACGUCGGCCUGAUGCCACCGGCAAUCUGCCACAGGACGAGUACGAUGAGUAUGCCAACCUGAUGAGCACGCGCGACAAGCACUGGUUGAUCGGCAUCCAGCUGUCGCAGCUGAACACGGAUACGCCCUACAUAGACGAUUACUAUUAUACGGUGUACAGGGAGCGGAAGGCACAGCAGAACGGACAAAUGCGCCAUAGUCAAGCGCAUAAGGAUAACCAACUUAAUCAUCCGCUCACCCAGCCGCGCGGCCACGCGCAACUGAUACUUGUCCAGCUGGGCAACAAGAACGGAACGCGCAACGGUCACGGACGGGAACGUCGCAAUUCGGAGAAUGCCAACAACACCAGCGGCAAUACCCACAACGGACCAGGUGGAAUCGGCGGCAACAAUAACACGUUGCCCGGUUACAUAUUUUCACCGCUGAAAUUCGAGAACUCGCUGGGAAAGCUGCAGUACGGCAGUGUGACGGCACCGCGCAAAAUCAUUGACGCCGACAUUAUGGGCGUGGAUUCGAAUGCCGGCCUAGAUACGAGUGCCACUUCCUCAUCCUCAAGCACGAACACCAAGUCGCAUGCUGGCACUCCAUUAUUGCCUUCGAACGAUCGAGAUGUUAACCCGAGCAGCAUGCGCAAGUCGCGUCACAUUUUGCUGCUAAUCGAAACGCUGUACCGCUAUCUGUUAAAGCUAGAGGAUCUGGAGAGUCCCGAGGUGAUGGCCACUAUUGCGCUAAAGAAGAAGAAGGAGGCCGAGCGAAUCGCGGCCCUGGAGCAGCUGGAGAUGGCCAAUAAAACGCCCGAAGAGCGCGCUGCCGAAGCUAUAAACCCCCAGCCGAUGAAUCCGCAGUUAAAGAAUAAGUUUAAUUACGAAGUGGAGACGAAUGCCGCUUUGGUUAACAAGUUGAAGGCUGGCUUGACCCUGGACAAGGUUACCGCCAUGAUGAAUGUGCGCAAGGGAAAGAUUCUUUUACGUCGAGUCAUGCCUUUCAUUGCGGAUCAAAGCAUUUGUUGGACCGUUUGGAGCGGCAUAUUCUGCUCGCUGCAGACCGUUGUUAAGAAGGACAAGGACGAUGUGGAAGGAGUCCUCUACGCACUUUAUCCGGAAUUUAAGAAGCACAUAAAUAAGGCCGGUUUUCUGAACCUUGUUAGCAUUUCAGCUGCCAUUACGCUAAACGAUAAGAAGCUAACCGGAAUUUUUUGCACUCGCUUUGGCAUCCUGUCAUUGGUUGCUCUGAUACUUCGGGCCGAGGAAAUAUACGUGGCCCGCUCCGAUCCCACUCUCAACGAGGAGAACAAGCAGAAGUGGCGGGAGUUUUUAACUCAGGUGGCAUCAAGCCUUAAUUUAACCAUACAGAAUCAAACCAUCUCGGCGGCCAUCGAAUCUGAUGCGAUUCAGCCUUUAAUGGACCACAUUGAACGGUUUAAAGACCUAAAGCUCGAUGCCCUUCUGGCAUUGAUCACUGAAGCCAGGCAUCAAAUCGACUAGGUUGAGUUGUAAGUUUUUUUUUCACGCUUAAUCGAAAUGUUUCAGAAAUUGUAAAAUGUAUGUAGCAGAGUUAAUUUUUCUUUACUCAAUUACGCAUAUGUUUGUAUAAAUUAUGUAUCCGAUACUUACAUAUGUACCGUGUUUACUUUAAAAACAAAAAAAUACACAAAAAAUAUUGCUACAGGGUAUAAAAAUCUCACACCAAAAAAUGAGAAAGUACUCAACCGUCAAUAAAUUUUGAUAAUAGUUUGUUAGAAACGUUCUUUUA